UGGACGACAAGGCACAGAUACAAGAAGCGAUUAAAACUCAAGGUGAAGUCGUUCGGAAGUUAAAGUCCGAGAAGGCGAGCAAAGAGCAGUGCUAGGGUUGCUUACCACUUUUCUCCUGUUCUUCCUGGCUGACCCCGGCUGACCUCGACCUGCCUCACCCUUCAUCACCAUCAUCUACCUCACUGUCCUGGACAUCGCUGCUCAACUCACUCCCUGGUUCUCUCUACUCACCCUUGUGAUUGGCUGCUGUGGCUGAUCCUGGACGAUACCACUGGAUAAUGCUGUAAACAUGAUGCACUCCUGAACUUUUGGACUUUUUCGUUUGUGUCCCCUCCGCUGUGGGAUGAACAUGCUGGGCGUGUUUUGUGUUCGUGCUUGCUCUGGUCUGGUGGGCUUCCGGAUUGCAACACAUGUCCGAUCUCUGCAUUCUUUCGCCGGGAUCACUGUGGCUCAGAUUGAUGAAGAGGUAGCCAAACUGCUGCAGCUGAAGGCUCGGUUAGGAGGAGAUGAUGGCAAACAUCAGUUUGUCCUCAAGACUGCAAAGGGAACGAGGGACUACAACCCCAAGCAGAUGGCCAUCAGAGAGAAAGUCUUCAAAACCAUCAUCAGCUGCUUCAAACGCCACGGAGCCGAAACCAUCGACACACCUGUUUUUGAACUAAAGGAAACAUUGACAGGGAAGUAUGGAGAAGACUCCAAGCUCAUCUACGACCUCAAAGACCAAGGAGGAGAGCUGCUGUCCCUCAGAUAUGACCUCACUGUGCCCUUCGCUCGCUACCUGGCUAUGAACAAGAUAACCAACAUCAAGCGCUACCACAUCGCUAAGGUCUACCGCCGUGACAACCCAGCCAUGACCCGCGGACGCUACCGAGAGUUUUACCAAUGCGAUUUUGACAUAGCAGGGCAGUAUGACGGCAUGAUUCCGGAUGCCGAGUGCCUGAAGAUCGUCUACGAAAUCCUCAGCGAGCUGAACCUCGGAGACUUCCGUAUCAAGGUCAACGACAGACGCAUCCUCGACGGGAUGUUUGCUGUGUGUGGCGUUCCCGAUGACAAGUUCCGCACCAUCUGCUCAACAGUGGAUAAACUGGACAAGAUGUCUUGGGAGGAUGUGAAGAAGGAGAUGGUGAAUGAGAAGGGCUUGUCAGAGGAGGCUGCAGACCAGAUUGGGGAGUACGUCAGUAUGCAGGGUGGGAUGGACCUAGCAGAGCGCCUCCUUCAGGACCAGAAGAUGUCUCAGAGUAAGCAGGCCUGUGCCGGCCUGUCAGACAUAAAGCUUCUCUUCAGCUACCUGCAGCUCUUCCAGGUCACAGACAAGGUGGUGUUUGACCUCAGUCUGGCUCGGGGUCUGGACUAUUACACAGGAAUCAUAUAUGAGGCAGUGCUGACUCAGGCAGGCGUGGCCCCGGUUCCCGCUGAGGCCCAGAACGGGGCUCCUGCAGAGGAGAGUGUCAGUGUGGGUAGCGUGGCCGGUGGGGGGCGCUACGAUGGUUUGGUCGGCAUGUUUGACCCCAAGGGCAGGAAAGUGCCGUGUGUGGGUGUCAGCAUCGGCAUUGAGAGGAUCUUCUCCAUCAUGGAGCAGAAGGCUGAGGCUUCAGCGGAGAAGGUUCGGACCACAGAGGUGCAGAUCAUGGUGGCGUCUGCACAGAAGAACCUGCUGGAGGAGAGACUCAAACUGGUCACUGAGCUCUGGAAUGCUGGAAUCAAGGCAGAGGUGAUGUAUAAGAAGAACCCCAAACUGCUGAGUCAGCUGCAGCACUGUGAGGAGUCGGGGAUCCCCCUGGUGGCCAUACUGGGAGAACAGGAGCUGAAAGAUGGAGUGGUCAAACUGCGUGUCGUGGCCACCAGAGAGGAGGUUGAUAUAUCAAGAGCUGAUCUUAUAGGUGAGAUCAGGAGAAGGACCUCUGAGGCCUAGCCAUUCCCUUCUGUCCAGCUACAACCCCAACCGCAUCACCUGAUUGGUUCAAACACAGACGCUUUGCAGAGCCUUGUACAGAGUUCCUUGUCUAAUCCUCAACAGAGCAUGUCGGACGUGAAUGCAGACGUGAAAACACACAUCCAGUCUCAUUUGUUGAGAAAGUUUACAUGAAAUGUCAUGUGUUUUGAAUGAUGUCUGACAGACAUGUAUUUGCUUUCAGUGUCAACGCUGUAUAAAGAUGUGCCCUGAGAAACAGAUCAUAUAUGUUCAUCACACUACUCAUUGUAGGAAGUCAUUCUAUUACUGCAUAAAGCUGCUGGACAUCAGUUCACUUGUAAAUCACAUGAAUUAGAAAAAUAAAUAGCAGAGCAGCAUUCCUACAGAAAUGCUUUAUCUGUUCAGGACCAAGGAUGAGAAACUCUGGUGCACACAUCUACUAUCUACCUGAACCCUUCAAAUGAUUUUCUGACGUUCAACUUUUAAGUUGAAACCUCAGUUCUUGACAAAACACAUCUCAUUUCUACCUGUAUCAAAAAUAAACACAUCAUCUUACUCCA